AUGUCGGCACCCGAAAAGAAGCAGGAAGCGGACUACACCACCGAAGUAGACGCGCUCAUCCCCGAAGCUCGCAGCCUCGCAUCCUCCAACCUCAGCUCUGCACUCGAAAAGGUCUUUGCCUUGGAAAAGAAAUCGCGCAAUGCGGCCGACUUGACCUCGACCACCCGCCUCCUGUUGCUAGCCAUCCUGCUGGUGCGCAACACUCCCUCGCCGGAGUCGACCAACUGGCAGCUCCUCUCUGACACGGUGACGAGUCUCAGCAAGCGUCAUGGUCAGCUCAAGAUGGCUACGACGCGAAUGGUGCAGUUGGUGAUGUGCUUCUUGCACCACGCGGUGGAUCCCGAGGAGGAGCGGGCGAGGGAGGCGGCGGUGAAAGACGAGGAGGCGCGCGAGCUCGCCGCGGAGCAACGGGAGAAGGAAGCUCGACUCGCCGCCAAAAAGGAAGCGACCGAAGGCAAGAAAGAGUCGAAAGAGGCGCAGGAUGCACGACGACGACAGGAAGACGCUGAGGAGCGAGAACGCGAAAAAGUCGGCCAACAGAACGCCAAGGUGCUCGAACUCAUGGAUGCUGGUAGACGCAUCGGUGAUGCUGGUGUGACCCCCGAGGUGCGGAUGAAACUCGUCGAGCUGUUGCGCACGGUGACGGAGGGCAAGAUCUUCGUGGAAGUCGAACGAGCCCGUGUCACGCUUUUGCUCAGUCGCAUGCUCUACUCCGACGGCAAAAUCACCGAGGCCGCCGACGCACUCCAGGACCUCGCCGUCGAAACGUUCGGCAGCAUGGAUCGUCGCGAGAAAGUCGAGUUCAUCCUCGAACAGAUGCGUCUCAACUACGAACGUCACGACCUGGCCAAAAUGGCCAUCGUCAGCAAAAAGAUCAACACCAAGAUCUUUGACAACCCUAAGCAUCACGAUCUUAAAUUGCGGUAUUACGAUCUGAUGGUCAAGUAUGCGCUGGCGGAAGAUAAGUUUUUGGACAUCUGCAAGUUUUAUCGCGAGAUCCUCGAAACUGACUCUGUCAAGAAGGAUGAUGGGAAGAGGAGGGAGGUUUUGCGGAACGUGGUGGUGUUUUUGGCCUUGAGCAAGUUUGAUAACGAGCAAUCGGAUCUCAUGGCUCGCGUCGAAGCCGGUCCAGGGUUGGAGGAGGUUCCCGAGCACCGCAACUUGUUGAAAUGCUUUACGACGCCCGAGCUGAUGCGGUGGCCCGGGAUCGAGGAGUUGUACGGUCCGCUCCUUCGACAAUCCCCCACCUUUUCGUCCACCGAAAACGCCGCUCCCGCUCAAGAAGGCAAGUCGCCCAAAGACGGCGCCCACAGAUGGGACCAACUGCACAAACGGGUGGUCGAACACAACAUUCGCGUCAUCUCAUCCUAUUACACUCGAAUCACCCUCCCCCGUCUCGCCCAACUGCUCGACCUCAGCCCCAAAGAGUCCGAGUCUAGCCUCGCAGACCUCGUCUCGAGCGGAACCAUCUACGCCAAGAUGGACCGCCCUGCGGGGGUGGUCAACUUCGAAAAGCGCAAAAGCAACGCCGACGUGCUCAACGAUUGGUCCGGCGACAUGAACAGGUUGAUGAGCACCGUCGAGAAGGUUACGCACCUGGUGGAGAAGGAGUGGGCUAUUCACCGUGCGGGCAUUCGAGGGCAGUAG